GGUCGCUCGCGGGGGGCACGGACGGCGUCUGUCUCUACCCCCGGGAGCGACCGGCAGCGCCAUCUACCAGCGCAAUGUGGAGGCACGGCCGCGCCGGUCGGUUGAGCGUUCCGCCGAGAGAGGGCGCGCGCCACGCGCGCUGCGGCCGGUAGCCAGCGCGCGAAACCUUGGCGCGGGCGCGAUAUUUGAAACGCUGCGGAAUAGGGUCAAGCAUCAGCAAAAAUCGCGACCCUCACGCAUCACGCAUCUGACGUCGCACCGAACGCCCACACCGAUGAAAUCUCGCGUAUAAGAGCGAUUAUUUGCGAACUGUCACCCUACUUUGUACUGUCAGUCUGCGCGGUGUGGGUGUAUCCAGGCAUGCCGUCGUCGUGGACUUCGACGAGACCGACCAUGCUGCUGCUGAUAGUCAUGCUCUGCACGGCGCCCUUGUACGUGUUCCCCUGCGAGGGCUGGGUGUUCCGUGGCGUGGUGCCGCAGGACGCGCCCGUGGUCAGCGUGGCCGUCUGGGAGUCGCGGGCGUUCCUGGCCGUGCCCAGGGUGUGGCGCGACCCCCGCGACGCCCACUGCACCUUCCUGCACGACGGCCCCACCCUGCUGGUCGCGCCGUGGCCCGAGCCCGGGCAGCCGUGCCUCCAGCACAACGCCACCCUGGCCGCGAGGUUGCACAGGGCCAGGGCCUUGCUGCGCAGGACGCCCGCCACGCGCGCCUUCCCGAACCCCGAGGAGCAGGAGCUGGCCCGGCCCGACUGCCUCCAGAGCGCCACGGCCGUGGCCCUGGAGUGCGCCCGGGGCGCGGCGCGCCUCUGGGUGCUGGACAGCGGGGAGGUGCCGACGCACGCGCUGGCCCCGGCGGCGGGCCCGGGCAGGGCGCGCUGCCCGCCCAAGGUGGUCGUGUACAACCUGAGGGGCAACAACCAGAGGCUGUGGACGAGGCCCUUCGACGGGGUGCCGAGCAGCGCCAUCUCUGGGCUCGUCGUGGACCCCACUACCGAGGACACCAGAGCGUACGUCGGCUACCCGGACGCCCCCGGCGGUGCGGCAAUCAUCGUCCUGAGCUGGAAGAGCAAGGCCUUCUGGCAGGUGCGCCUUCAGGGCAUGACGGUGCCCGGCGCGCAGCCACGCCCUGGGACAACGCCCGCGCCGACAGGACGUCGAGGACGCGGCUCUCGGAGGCGCUUACCACGCCAGGCCAUGCGAUCUGACCAGGAUCCCCGCGAGGCGUUUCCCACGACGUUCGCACCUUCUUCCCAGUGGGACGUGGCCGUGCUCAGGGCCGCGUCCAAGAAGCCCCGGAUGGUGAUCGCACCCCGGGAGUCGCCCUUCAUGUUCGACGUCACGCUGGACGGACUUCGAGGACCCGGGCCGGACGCCAACCACAGAAACGACGCCUUGGUGCCUACCUCGGAGCUCGGCGCUCGACGUCUGGUCCGCAAGCCGGGGCCGGGGCCGUCUUCGGGGCUGCUGGGCGACCCCUCGGGGGGCUUGCUCUUCUUCCAGGCCGGCCCCGAUGGGGGUGCCGUCAUGCGCUGGGACCCGCGCCUCGGCGCAGGCCCCCGCGGCUACGUCGUGGUCCACCGCGACAACGGCACGCUGCCCCUCACGUCCGCCGUCUUCCUCGACGGCCAGGGCGCGGCCUGGGCGGCGUGCACGACGUUCGCCCCGCACCUCGGCGACGGCGGCAUCCACCAUGCCGACGAGGACGCCGAUGACUACGAAGAAGAAGACGACGAGAGCGAGGACGAGAGCGACGAAGAAAAUGGUGUCAUCAACAAUGAGGAUCAUGAUGAUUUGGAAAUAGACCAUUUCGAUGAUGGGGAUCAUUACAUCGACAACGCGCCGCCGCCGCCGCCACCACCACCAUCACCAACAUUCCGGAGGAGUAACAGCUGUCGCUACCCUAGAGCAGUGGGAUGGAAGAUCAGAGAGGUUGCACAACGUCAGGAUGACGGCAGCCGCCAGGACUCCGAAGAGCACGCCGCCGAGCCCCAGGAGUACGUGUGCAUGUCUCCCGCUGACGCGCCGUCCAAGGCCAUCAGAGUGGCGCCCUGUGCGUCCGCUGCUCAGACGGGACCCUCCCGAAGAGUCGCUUCGAGGACGAGAAGACCGGUGAAGGAGCAGGACGACGUCAACACCAUGAUGAUCACCAGGAGGGCGGGACAGUUCGACGGCUCGGGACUCCGGACAUCGGCGGGCCACCACAAGACUGUCCUGGUGCACGACGGACACCCCGCCCGCGGCCCCUCCGCUCGCCGCCCCCGCGACCCCACCCACUGCGUCCGGCUACACUGGGACGAGUAGUGGGGACAUAAUUUCAUUCAAUGUCUGCAAAAAUCGAGAAAUAACAAACAAAAACACGUUCUUAUAAUUUAUUGUUAAUGUUUUCAAUGUGAAGAAAUAUCCCAAAAUACCUUAUGGUUGAGCAAGAUUAAUUAUUGAUCAUUAAUUAUUCAUCAUUAUUUGGA